AUGGGAAAGGCACUUCACUUCAGCUUUACCAAGCCAAGCUUGCUCAAAGGUCCCUUUCGGUACUCCAAGAAUAGCAAGACUUCAGAUGAUGAUGUUCCUGAUCUAGCCAGUUCGUCCUGUGCUUCGGAUCAAGACAGCAACAACAAGAAGUCAUUGGUGCAACCAUCGUCUGUUGCCCAAGAAGCAACGCUGAGCAUUGAAAAGGGUGUUUCCGAGCAGAGGCAACGACCACAAGAACAAGAUGAUGAAACUUCUCAGGAGAUUCCCUGCAUCCAACAAGAUGAAAACAAGUCUUACAACAACAACAACAACAACAACAACAACAACAACGAAACCAGCGACGACCACUGGUCCGCAGUUCUGAAUCAACAACAACAACAAGACGAAGGAGAAGUCAUCACUGCUGAUCGUGAGCAGCGACUGAUUGUCCCGAAUUGCAUUCCUUCCAAUAUCGUUCUACUCCCAGACUUUGAUGAAUCAUCGCAAGAGGAUGGGAGUUCCGAAGAAUCAUCCUCAAGUAGAUCUUCCUUGGAAGAUCGUUUGGAUCAUGCGCAAGCAUUGAUUCACUCGUAUCGCGAUACGAUUCGAUCCAACGAACACUUGAUCGAUUCCCUUCACCAAACCCUCACCAAAACACGAGAAGAGGCCAUGAACGUCAUGUCAAGUCACAAGGAUAUGGAGGAGGCGGUCCAGAUGCUGUUGGAAGAACGAGAAGCUGAUAGCAGCAUGGUCCCAGAACCCAAGGUCUAUUUGAAAAUGGUCAUGGCUGCGAGCCUCAUGCUCUACUUUUUCGGCUUUACUACAGAAUACCCUCUGAUUGCCACGGUUAUGGUAUUCCUGUUGGAGGGAUUCUUGUAG